GUCAGGGUGCUGGGGAAAAGGAUCUGUGCAGCUACAUACAGCGAGCUACUCAGGCAGGACCCAGAGUGCAUAGGAACGCGUUGGGGUAAUACAAUUUCAGCGGGAGCGAGCAGGGUGGCAUCACGAGCGCGAGCGGAUUGCAUUUGAGCAGUACACACCUAGUUGUCACCGCAAGAGAUCCCAGGAGGGGGAAAAACGGUCCUGGCACAGAGGAGCCCAUCCAUAGUACGUUCACGCCUUACAAACCGGAGGCGAUAUUACUGAGAUGACUGUCAGGCGUCCUCGAUAGUAAAAGGAUAUGCCAGGCCUUGUGAUGGUAGAUCUAUAACGGAGCGCAGAUAACCAGCAAGAGCUUUCAUCAUGGAGACUGUCGUCUCAGAAGGGGAACCUGAGAAAACUUCGCAUCAUUGUGAUAAUAAAGACUCCCACGGAUCCCCACAUGUUGUAGCAAACAGCGAUGACCCUCAACUGAUUCUCCCGGCAAAGAUGAACCAACGCUAUGGUAAAGACACCUAUCUUUCCCCAACCAAAGACUUAGUCCAAGCUACACUCAGUCCGGGCAUCAUCCACAGUCAUGGGUUCGAGAGAGGGAAGGAUGAAGCCUUACCGAGCAAAGAAGAUUCUUCCAACUCCAUGUCCAAAAGCAAAUCUGAGUCCAAAUUAUACAAUGGUUCUGAAAAGGAUAUUGCAUCUGCCUCAAGCAAACUUACAAAAAAGGAGUCUCUUAAGGUUCAGAAGAAGAACUAUAGGGAAGAAAAGAAGCGAGCCACAAAAGAACUGCUCAGUACAAUCACAGACCCCUCUGUUAUUGUUAUGGCCGAUUGGCUUAAGAUUCGUGGAACGUUGAAGAGCUGGACAAAGCUUUGGUGUGUGUUAAAACCUGGAGUGCUGUUAAUCUACAAAACAAACAAAAAUGGCCAAUGGGUUGGGACUGUGCUCUUAAAUGCUUGUGAGAUCAUUGAAAGACCAUCUAAGAAGGACGGAUUCUGCUUCAAACUCUUCCACCCCUUAGAGCAGUCAAUCUGGGCAGUCAAGGGCCCUAAAGGUGAAGGAGUUGGUUCCAUUACACAGCCUCUGCCAAGCAGCUAUUUAAUCAUUCGAGCGGCAUCUGAAUCAGAUGGAAGGUGCUGGAUGGAUGCUCUAGAGCUGGCCUUGAAAUGUUCCAGUCUGCUUAAGCGCACCAUGAUCAGAGAAGGUAAAGAACAUGACAUCAGCUCAACUGGAGAGAACAGUCACAUGAGCUUCUAUGGGCUGCUGAGGGCCAGCAACUUGCACAGCAACGAAAACUUCCAAUUAAACGACAGUGAAAUUGAAAGACAGCACUUUAAAGACCAAGACACAUACUCUGACAAGUCUGAUAAAGACCUUGAUCAUGAUCAUGAUGAGUCAGACAACGAUGGGAAAAGCGAGGAGAGUGACAGUGACACUUCAGAGAGGCAAGAGGAUUCCUUUAUUGAUCCCGACCCAAUUGAUUCUAUUAAAGAUACCACCUAUGUAGAGGAGGCGCAUGAAGAGCUGGGAGAGGCAGGUGAAGCAUCUCAAACAGAAACUGUCUCUGAAGAGCACAAAAGUCUGAUUUGGACCCUGCUUAAACAAGUCCGUCCAGGGAUGGACUUGUCCAAAGUGGUGCUUCCUACCUUUAUCCUUGAGCCUCGUUCAUUCCUAGAUAAGCUGUCUGAUUAUUACUAUCAUGCGGAUUUCCUAUCUGAGGCUGCACUAGAAGAGAACGCUUACAGUCGAAUGAAGAAGGUUGUGAAGUGGUAUCUAUCGGGAUUUUAUAAAAAACCAAAGGGUCUGAAGAAACCGUACAAUCCGAUUCUUGGUGAAACAUUUCGCUGUUUAUGGAUCCAUCCAAGAACAAACAGCAAGACAUUCUACAUUGCUGAGCAGGUAUCCCAUCAUCCCCCAGUAUCUGCCUUCUAUGUCAGUAACCGAAAAGAUGGCUUUUGCCUGAGUGGGAGCAUUUUGGCCAAAUCCAAGUUUUACGGCAACUCCCUGUCAGCUAUUUUGGAAGGGGAAGGGAGACUAACAUUCCUGAAUCGUGGUGAAGAUUACAUGAUGACAAUGCCGUAUGCUCACUGCAAAGGUAUUCUCUAUGGCACAAUGACGCUUGAGCUCGGAGGAAAUGUCACCAUCACAUGCGAGAAGACCGGUUAUAGUGCCAUACUUGAGUUUAAAUUAAAGCCAUUUUUAGGUAGUGAAGAUAGUGUUAAUCAAAUAUCAGGGAAGAUCAAGCUUGGCAAAGAAGUGCUGGCUACAUUGCACGGCCACUGGGAUAGUGAGAUUCUUAUUCAGGACAAGAAAACAGACGUAACAGAAACAUUCUGGAAUCCAACAAUAGAAAUGAGACAGUGCAGAUUAAUUCGAUGUACAGUGCACCGGGAAGAGCAAGGGGAGUUUGAAUCUGAAAGACUUUGGCAACAUGUUACACGGGCCAUAAACAACAAAGAUCAACACGAUGCAACUCAGGAAAAGUAUGUUCUUGAAGAAGCUCAAAGAAAUGCUGCCAAAGAAAGAAAAUCAAAUGGGGAAGAAUGGACCUGCAGACUUUUUGAAUAUGAUCCAGUCAUCGGCGAGUGGCAUUACAAAUACGCAGAUACUCGACCAUGGGAUCCACUUAACGACUUGAUACAGUUUGAGAAAGAAGGUGCCGUCCAGACAAAAGUCAGACAUAGGACUCCAAUGGUCUGUGUUCCCAAACUAAAACACAAGACAAGUAACCAGCAAAAGAAAAUUGAAAGUGGGUGUUCGUCCCCAGAACUUGAUAACCAAGACUCAUCUGGGAGUGAAGUGCAACUACCAACUCAUAGCACCCGUAUUAGGAAGAAAGGGACUGACCACGGGGAACUUCACAGUGCCAUAGAAUCUAUUAAAAAGACACAAGAAGAAAUCAACAGGAACAUUAUUGCUCUACGGAACCGUCUUACUUCAAAUGCCACCUCAGAGAGCAGUUUUCUUCAACAGAGAGACUUCUACAUCAUUUUCUUCUUGAUUUUCCUUCAGAUAGCCAUUAACUACUUGUUCAAAUGAAGGGAGGAAAAACAUAAAACUUUAUGGGAAAAAUGUUACCUGAAACUAUCGCACUUUGGAUUAGGACCGUUUUCAACCCCACUGGUGUUCUGGAGAAGCCUAUAAUCUCUCUUGCUGAAAAAAAGGAAUUGGACUAUGCGUGUGAAAUAUAUACCAUGGUCACAACUAGUGUCUUGACCCUGUAAAAGCCUCUGUCUUAUUUAUUCAGCAUCUGUCCCCCAAUUCUCAACUAUAAAAGUGCCAGCCUCCUCUACUUGGCUUUUACAGUUUUUUGGAAACAAACUAUAUAUAUAUAUAUAUAUAUAUAUAUAUAUAUAUAUAUAUAUAUAUAUAUAUAUAUAUAUAUAUAUAUAUAUAUAAAGAGAGAGUAUGAAUUCAAACAGAAUAGUUAGCACUCACUGACUCUUGAAUAGUAGUGCAUAUUUGUGAUAAAUUGCACUAGUAUUCAAGAUCCAGUGAGUGCUUGCUUUUCUGUAAGUAUAUAUAUAUGCAUGUGUGUGUAUAUAUAUAUAUAUAUGUAUAUAUAAAUAAUAUAUGCGUAUAUAUAUAUAAAUAUAAAUAUAUAUGCGUGUGUAUGUAUGUGUGUGUGUAUAUAUAUAUAUAUAUAUAUAUAUAUAUAUAUAUAUAUAUAUAGUGUGUGUGUGUAUAUAAUAGUGAGUGCCUGUAUAGGUUAAAGUAAGCUGCAAACAAUUUAGCUCUGAAUUUAAAUAAGAACAAAUAUAGAAUGGUGAAUUUAAAUUGUGUACAUUAUAUAUUCUAAUUUGAAAAAUCAAAGUUAGAAAAAAAAAGUUUUGCUGUCCCAUCAUUUCAUCUCAUCUCUGCUUCACAGUUUUAAUGUUGUUUAGGUCAACACGUUUAAUAGGUCAAUUGUUUGCUGCCUUCACAGACCUUUAAAGGGCCGUGAUAAUGAAAAAAUUACCUGCUCUUAUUAUUUAGUGCAUUUAAUAGGGCUGCACCAACUCUCUGUGUUUAACUGCUGUUAAGGGGUUAAACACAUAGUUAAAGGGACAUUCAGUAGUUGAAGAGCACUGCUGCUCCCAGCGGAAAAUUCCCCCUUUUUAUUUCUAGAAUAUGAUCUACCCCACUUCUAUAAAUGUAACCCCUUGGAUGCCAGAAUAAAAUGGAAUGUGUUUUUGUGUGUGUGUGUAAUUAUAUAUAUAUAUAUAUAUGUGUGUGUGUGUGUGUAUAUAUAUAUAUGUGUGUGUGUAUAUAUAUAUAUAUAUAUAUAUAUAUAUAUAUAUAUAUAUAUAUAUAUAUAUAUAUAUAUAUAUCCUAAACAUUGCAUAGCAGUGUUUAUUAGCAUGUGGUCUAUUAAAUUAACUGUCUAUACUGAGUUUCUCCAUAUUGUAAAUAUAAAACAAAUUCAGCAUAAUGCUAUAGGACCAAAAUAAUAUAUUGUUUAUUUUUUAAGAUUUGGAACAUAAAAUAUUUUUUUUUCUGUGCUUCAAUUAUCCUUUUAUACUGUUACAUUGUGAAAUAUUUUAGCAUUGAUCUAGUUUUUCAUAACCAAAGGGUAAAUGUUUGCAUGACAAAUUAGUUGUGCUAUACAAUACAUGGAGAUGUGAUUCAUCAAGAAAACAUAUUGAUACCUUCUUUGGAUUUAUGUUAAUUAUUUGGAGGAUGAUGGGAACUAUCAUUAACAAAACUCAUUUUUCAUUUAUCUAAGAUAAGUUUGAUUUUUAUGCUUUGAAGAGUAGAAGUAGCAAAACUCAACUAUAUACCUAUAAAUGGUUAAUAUUAACAAUGGAAAUAUUAUCAGUAUGUACAAGUUUUGUCUGUUACAUUGAAUUGGAUUGCAUAUAAAAAAACACAUUGCUAAAUAUAUACAUAACAAUAAAAAGUAUAAAAUCUAUCAAACAAUGGACAACCACCUCUUCCACAAAUUUGGAAUAAAUGAAAAUAUUCAUUAAUUUAUAUAUCUUAACAUUUUUAGUUUUCCAUAUUGAGAAUUCAAUUACACAGGCAACACAGACUAGUUAUGAAGUGGGUUAUUUAUCAUAUGAAAAAAAGGUUGAGCUCUUGCGAUUUUUAAAUAGAUGUGAAUAAUGUUACAACACUACUUGCAAGGCGGGAAAUGAUCUUUUGCAUAUUUGCCAAAGUUUUAUUUAAGAAGCCAGAAGAGGUCUUCUCUAAUGUAGGUUUAGCAUAGGUAUAAUGAUGCGCAGUUUCAUUCUAAAUCAAAUAAUAUUUCCACUAUGUGGAUAAUAGUACAUACUGUAUUGAAUUGAUAUUAUGUGUCAUAUCAAAAAGAUGGAACUCCGUAACCAUACAACUGUGUAAUACAUCACUUUAAGUGCCCGUAGGAACUGGAUAGCCUCCGUCAAUGCUAUCACUUGUAUAUUUUCUUUAUUUCAGCUUUAGCAAAUAAGUUGAAUAUUGACAUAUUUGUAUGUUAUUAUUAGUAAUCUAUAAGAACGAUGAACUCCAAUAAUUGUCUUGUUUUCACAAAUCUUUUAAAGGCACAUGUAUUUAUAUUAAGAAGACCACAUAACUGCAAUUAAUGUUUUGUUUUAACUGAUAGGUGUAUUUUGGAUUUUUUUACAUUUUAUUUUUUAAUUUAACCUCUUCAGACCUUAAAGGGAUGCAUAGCAUUAUGUGUAGCAGGCAAUGAAGAGGUAAAUGUAUGUUAUAGUUGUAGUAUUUUAUUCUUAUUGCACAUUAAAAAGCAUUCUAAAUUUAUAUAUACUUCAUACUUAAUGUAGAUACCAGAAAUACUUGCAAUCUAGUCUUUCCUUGGCCUCUGUACAGUAACAUCAUUUUGAGCUGAUAAUUGCAGCCUAAGAUGUCUUCUAGAUUGCAAGCCAAGCAACUGUAAAUUGUAUAUUGGAUAGGUUAUAAUUAUGUAAAAACCAUAUAAUAGCAAUAUACAUAUAUAAAUAUUGCACAUCUGCAUCUUGCAUAUCCUUCAGCACGUAUUACAGUGCAGCAUAUACAUUUGCAUCUCUCAUGCUAAGAAUUAGCACAAAUUGCAGUUCUGAAUUUUUUAAGAAUUGCGGUUGUCUGUCAUUAAAAUUAUCGGUGAACUGAACUUGAGCAAUGUUGUAUCUGAUUAACUUUAUCUUAAGUAAAGGAACUUGUUUGUGUAGGGUUUAGCCACUAAGAAAAACAUAUAGCAGUUUAUUUUAAUGCAAACUUAUUCCUGCUAAAUAAGAAUAUGUGAGGUUAUUACUUACUGGUGUGCAAAGGCAGGGGGUUAGACUAUGUAGCUUAGUGUAAUUCCCAUGUUAGACCACAGUAACUGUUCAAUUCUAAAGAGAUACAAAGAGACAUUUUGACAUUGGAGAAACCAUGUUGAAGCUGAUUUCAACCUGUUGACUCUCCCUCAGGAAUGGUUGAGAUAAAUAAAACUAUAUGGCUGUGUAUUACUUUAUUUAUCUCUGAUGUUUAUAUAGCAACUGAGAUUUGCACUUUGUGGAGGAAAUAAGUGCACUGUUUAACGCUACUUCUCAUGAUAGUUUAAUUGUGCCUUUUAACAGAUGCAUAAAAGGAGGUGGUUUUGAAGCUUGUGCCAUACAUAUGUGACCAUAGGAUUGAAGUCCAUGCUUCUAGUUUUUCAAAAUGAUCUUUAACAUUUGCUGUCUGAUAUUUAGCCACUUAAUUCCUGAGGGAGAAAAAAUGCACAACUUCUACUGAUUAACUUUAAGGUACAUUCUAAAGCAAAUAAUUACAUGGUUUAGUUCGUUAGAGCAUAUGCUGUUUUUGUAUCACUGACCUUAGACGACUGUUUUUAACAUGCUCAGCCAAUUGGAAGAGGCAGUAGCACUACCCACCAAUCACUGGCUGUAUGUUUAAAGGGACACUGUACCCAAAUUUUUUUCUUUCGUGAUUCAGAUAGAGCAUGAAAUUUUAAGCAACUUUCUAAUUUACUCCUAUUAUCAAAUUUUCUUCAUUCUCUUGGUAUCUUCAUUUGAAAUACACGAAUGUAAGUUUAGAUGCCGGCCCAUUUUUGGUGAACAAUCUGGGUUGUCCUUGCUGAUUGGUGGAUAAAUUCAUCCACCAAUAAAAAGUGCUGUCCAGAGUACUGAAACCAAAAAAAGCUUAGAUGCCUUCUUUUUCAAAUAAAGAUAGCAAGAGAAUGAAGAAAAAUUGAUAAUAGGAGCAAAUUAGAAAGUUGCUUAAAAUAGCAUGCUCUUUCUGAAUUACAAAAGAAAAAAAAUGGGUUCAGUGUCCCUUUAACCCUCUUGCUGGAGAUAAACAUAUAGUAAUAGUUGUGUUCUCCCCAGGAUCUAUUUAAUGGACAAACCACCUGGCUAUAAUGUAAGCUACAAUUAGCUAAUAUUACAACUUUUUUCAAAGUUUGUUGCCCAAAUUAUCAUGAAACCAAUUUAUGUUUAAUUAUGCUAUUAAUUGGUGCUUUGGAUAGCUUAAAGGGACAUAAUACCCAUAUGCUAAGUCACUUGAAAGUGAUGCACCAUAACUGUUAAAAGCUGACAGGAAAAUAUCAAUUGAGAAUCUCUAUGCAAAAAAAGGAAGAUAUUUUACCUCACAAUUUCCUCAGCUCACCAGAGUAAGUUCUGUGUAAAAAGCUAUAUUUCAGUUACUGCCCAGCUGCAGGUAAAAAAAAAGAAGAAAUGAAUAGCAGCCAUUCAGCAUCAUCAGUGCUGAGGUCAUGGACUCUUUUACUGUGGUCUCAUGAGAUUUCAUUUAACUCGCAUGAGAUUUCAUAGUAAACUUCCUUAAACUGAAUAGGGAAAUAACAUGAGUGUGCUUGAGGCUCGCUCCAUUGCCUGUCCCGGGACAGGCAUACUGAUUUGCUGCUUACAAUGGGGUUUGAAUACUUAGGACAUUUAGAGGUAAAAUAUAUUUCUUAUUUACAUAGAGAUGUUCAGGUGGUAUUUUCUAGUCACUUCCAAGUGUUUCAACAUUUGGGUAUCAUGGCUCUUUACAUAACAUUUAUAAAUAACAGAAAAUAUUAUAAUAUUGCAAAGUAUUUCACUGCCCCCCCCCCCCCCCGACCUAGCUACUUCAUAAUGCCACCCAGCUGGCAAAACUCUUGUGGAGAUCACUGAAUAAUAUAGUCAGUAAUUAAAAAAUUGACAUGCUUUAACUAAUCAGAGAAUGCGUUUCUUUAACUCCUGAUAGGGCCUCCAGUUGUAGAGUGGUUUAUAGAACAGCAAUAUCCACCAUUUUACACGUGUCAUGAUAAUAGUUAUGACUUUAUAUCUUCACACAUUUACAUUUGUAACUGGUAUGUAUACAAUGAAGUCAUAACAAUUUGUGGCAUAUCCUUAAUAGCCAUAAUACCAAUCAAUGACCUCUUAUACACAAAAUUGUGACUUCAUUAUCAUGUGUAUAGACAUUUUUUUUAAAAGCAUUUAUUUGUGGGUCACAGCUUUAGAGUUGAAGUUGUUUAAUGUUCUGUAUUUUAACUACAUACUUUGAUAAACCUUUUCACUAUAAGAACAGUAGCAACACAUUCUUUGGAAGUUUCACCUUUCUAUGAAAAGUCUUGAAAAAGAGUCAAUACAGUUUAUUUUUCCUAAAUUUCAUUUUGUUUUUGUUUGCUAGUUAUAAUGAUCUUGUAAACUGGACUCAUUUUUUUAUGCACGCCUGUUAUUUUAACACCAAUGCUUUAUUUUUUUUGUAUUGUUAUAUUUUUAAAUAAAUCUAGACUGUUAAAUAAAAAAAUAAUCAGUAUGACCAGUGUUAGAUAACGAAGAACAGCCAGAACCAACAAAGAAAAAUGUGAAUAAACAUCUAAAAUAUAUAUAUAUAUAUAUAUAUAUAUAUAUAUAUAUAUAUAUAUAUAUAUAUAUAUAUAUAUAUAUAUUGGUUUAAUGAUUUCGUAUGUUGAUCCUCUGUAUGUAAUUAAAAAUGAUGAUUGCAUAGCUGCACAUUUUAUUUUCUAGGUGGUUUGGCUUAGAAUGCCAAAGAGAUGGAAUGUUGUAACAUAAAAGAAUGAAAUGUUUUGUCUAUUAAAGCAUGUUAUAUGUUCAUCUGUGUUCAACUUGUAAAAUGGCUUUUGAAAAAAAUAAGCACUACCACUGGUCAGUAGUUUUGUAUUUCCAUUUAGAAUAAAAAUGUGAUCAUAAUA